AUGAGGAGGAGCAGCAGCAGCAGCUGCUGCAGCAGCAGUCCUGAAGGAGCAGCAGCAGCAGCAGCAGCAACGGCGGCGGCGGCGGCGGCAGCAGCAGUGGCAGCGGCAACAGCAGCGGCAGCAGCGGCAGCAGCAGCGGCAGUAGCGGCAGUAACAGUGGAGGCGGUCUUGCUGCUGUACGGCGCAACAUACCAGGAUCAGCAACGACAGCAUGAGCAACGGGGGCCUGAUGCUGCAGCAGCAACGACAGCAGCAGAUGAUGAAGAUUUGCAUGCAGCGCUGCUGCGGCUGCCGCAGCACCUGCUGCUGUCUACAGGGAUACGAGAAGCAGUGCUGCAGCCAGGUGUCGCUCCAGAAUCUCUUGUUCGCAGGCAUACCACAGCGUGCGACUGCAGCAGCAACAGCGGCUGCAGCAACAGCAGCAACUGCUGCGCUUGUAUUGCACUCAACGGGGCCUUUGCUGCAAGACACUCUCUGCGCGGCCCAGCAGCUGCUGCCAUCAGCUGCAGCAGGGAACCCCACAAAAAAUCGUCUUAUCAUCAAAAUAGCAACAGCAGCAGCAGCAGCAGCAGACGCCUCAGUGGCUCCCCUAAGGGAGGAAUGAAGGGGGGACCAGGAACAGCAGCAGCGUGCCCAGCAGCAGCAGUGAAGCCGCCGGCAUGCGUUAGUGCUGUGCUGCAGCAGGAGAGUUCGCUGCAGUUGCUGCUGCAGCAGAUGCAGCACUCCCCAGAGGCAGCAGCAGCAGCAGCAGAAAGAGAAUCAGGGGCCCUCUCUGCCUAUUGCGUUUACUGUGCUGGCCAUUUGCUUAUUCCAGGCUCUCUUAAGCUCGAGAAGGACAGACUUGUAUUCAGGGAAGGUCCCCCUACGGACGGGGAGGGUGAGGCGUUGACGAAGGGAGGGCAGAUUCCUGAGGUGUAUAUACACCUGCGCGACAUCUUGGAAUGUGCAUGCGUUAUGGCUCCUCCUCUUGAUGACCUUGUGGCUUCUUCUGCAUUUGCUGCAGCAGCAGCAGAAGCAGCAACAGCAGCAGCAAAGCGCAGCAACACCGUCGCAACCUGCAGCUACCUCGAUGCUGAUGCAGAACCGCCCUCCUAUCUUCAGCUGCUGCUGCGGACGCUUGGUGCUGAGCACCAGUCACCCCCUUCCGAUCAGCAACAACAGCAGCAGCAGCAGCAGCAGCAGCAGCACCAGCCCCAGCAGCGGAGGGGGAGAAAGGCUGAGUCGCGUGCAGCAGCAGCAGCAGCAGCAGCAACAGCAGAGACAGGGUCUGUUCUAUCAACUCCGCGUGAUUGCCCUAUUGCAGCAGCGGGAGACGAGAUCCCCACGGGCUCUGCUGCUGCUGCUGCGGCUGCUGCUGCUGCACAGCAGCAGCAGCACCAGAAACUGUCUCCUCAGAGAAGGGGAUCUAUUGGAGAGUGGUUGAAGGCGUGGAGACACUCUAGCCCUCAUGAGGCCCCUCGCUCGCCAGAGCUCAAGCAGCAGCAGCAGCCGCAGCAGCAGGAACAGCACCUGUCUCCAGUAAAGGUGCAGCAGACGGCUCCUGCAGAGCGGCGACGCAGCAGCAGCGGCAGCAGCAACUUUGCGAGUGCAGCAGACAACCGGCGGCUGUUUGUUCUUUUUGGGUUUUUAAGUCGUGCAGAGGCAAAUGCAUUCACAAGACAACUGAUUGAAAAGGUAGACGCAUGGAAAACAGACGAGGAAAAGGAAGAUGAGGAGGAGGAGGAGGAGGAGGAGGAGGAGCAGCAGCAGCAGCAGCAGAAGGCCCUCCGUCGCUGCAAUCGCAGCUCAACGAUGGUGCCCUGCUCUUCAAAUGCGGUUGUAAACGCUUGGGAAGAGGCUCUAGAUCGCUCAGCGGAGAUGUCGCUGCUGCAGGCCAAAUCCUCAACGCCUUACGGCAGCUGGAAUUUCGGGGACGAGGACGCGCAGCAGCAGCAGCAGCAGCUGCCGCAGGAGCAUAUGGAUUUAUGGUUAGAAGAAGGUGCAGCAGCAGCAGUUGCACCUCCGCAGCAAGAAGAGAUGCGAGACCCUCGCUGCUUCUCUUUGGGGAUUGCUGAAGGUGCUGCUGCUCCUAUUCUGGAUCGGCCUCCGGGUGCAGCAGACUUUGUUACACCGCAUAUUGCUGCACAGCAACAGCGCCUGCUGUGUGCGGUAGUUGUUUUUGCUGCUGCUUUUGCUGCUUUUGCUGCUGCUGCUGCUGAGGGUUUGCUGGAGUUAGGCGUUGAGGUGUAUGCACAGAUUUGCAUGCACUUGCCACUGAUGCUGUCCCUUAAACGAUGGGAACUCGGAUUCUGUCUCAAGCUUCACGAUUCAAAAGGAGUUGUCUUUGGUGCAUUUACUGAAGAAUUUCACAAGUCCUACAAAUACUACGGAUCGGCCGACACUUUCGUUUUCACUUUUAAGGGCCCUGACGGGAAGCAGCCCGCGGAGAAUCCCACGAUCCACGUAUACACCUGGAGCAGCAGCAACGCUUUCUUUUGUUUUACUGAUGGCGAGAUGAUUGCAGUUGGUGGUGGAGGACAUUUUGCUUUAACUAUUGAUGGAGAUUUCUUAAGAGGAAGCUCUCAGUGUUGCAGCACUUUCAACUCACCUCCUCUUGCUUCUUCUCCAGACUUUCUUCUUAAAAAUCUACAGGAGAGAGGAUUGAGGGUAUAA